AUGGUUGUCGAGGAGUUCUGCAAUAAAGUCGUCCAUCAGCAAGCAGUAGAUGACAGGUCUUUCAUCUUGCAGGCUCCGAAGCUCACCAACGCCUUCGGGCGCAACGCAUCCUGCGCCUUUUGCCCGAGCUGCCCAGUCCGACAGGGGCCGAUUGCGAUUCGUGCUGGACAUGCCAUUGCCACUGCAGCGGCAGAGGACGACUUGCGCGAGGUCAAUGAGAAGUGGCACACACUACAGACUGAGCGGGACGGCCUCAUUGUCGUGACCUCGGCCUUCCUACUUUGGCUUUUCCAAGCGUUCUCGGAAGACAUGAACCUCCGAAGUGUACGCCGGAAGCAGAGCCCCUACUGCGAGCCGCGCUGGCAGGUGAGCGAGAAAGAGGCAAGGACCAUGUCGUUUUCGAGGAUGUGCGUGCGGCACAAGCCAGGGCCUCCCAGGCCAAAGCAUCGGCUCGGUCGCGCGGCCCUCAGGAUCGCGCUGAAAGCUCUCGAGUCCCAGAAUGUCCGAAGCCAAGCGGCGUUGUUGGCCCACUGUCUUUCGUCGCUGAGCGCUGCCAGCGUGAGCACAGGUGACGCUGAUGCUGCUUAUCUUCCAGUCCUGGGCAUUUGCGCGAAAGGUAUGUUUUUCUUGAUCCAACCGAUACAGGUGGCGGCAAUGUCGGAGAUGAUCGUCGAUGAGGAGUCAAAGGCAUUCUACUUGAAGCUCAUCUUCGCGCAGUGGCGCUCCGCCACUGACUUCGAGAAGGCCUCCGCCAGACCCAUGGACCUGCGCGAGAUCUUCUUGGAGGGAUGUGGCUCAGAAGCCAGUGCGCGCACAAGCAGACGUGUGAGGGCAGUCGUGAAGCAGUUCCCUGGCCUUCGCUUCAAAAGCUUUGGCUUGGGGCCAGAUCGCAGCUCGGCCACGGGUGCGUGCUCCGAGAGGACCGAUUCUGUUCGAGAUUUGGAUGUGAGCUUUUGUUUCCGACAUCCACGGGUCCGAAGGACUUUGACUUGCUCGGAGCAGUUCCCAGUGAACUUCACACCAACUCGAAGCCCACCCCAGCAGGAUCAUCCAGGAACGUUGGGCACGAUUGGUUCGACGUUUGCAGCGGAUUCGCCGGCUGCAACGCAUUUGGCACAACUUGGGAUUGCAUCUCCAGACUUUGCUGGGGACGCAGACUUUCAGGAGGAGGUAGAUAAAGGAGAAAUGGCAACUCCAGAACAGCUAGUGCAAGAAAUUGCAGCGCUGAGGCAAGAACUCGCGCGCCAAGCGCAGCAACACCAACAGGACUUGGAGCAAGUGAGAACAGAAAGUCAGCAGCGGACAAACGAGGCUACGCAAGCGGCCUUAGCUGCGCAAGGGCAGCUGGGCACGAUACCGAAUGUUGUCCGAGAGAUGGGACAAACAUUGCAGAAUGCAUUGAGAGAGCGAGACAAAGAACUGGUGGAGGCUAUGAGAAGCUCGUCGAGCGACAAAGGGAAGAUGGUGUUGGUAGACACAAAAGGGCUUGGAAAGCCGAGCAUGUUUUCGGGAGAUGCAGAACAGUAUCUUCCUUGGAGGCACAGAAUGACGGCAUAUGUGUGCUCAAUCUAUCCAGAGUUACGAGAAGUUCUGGAAUGGUGCGAAGAAAGAGAGAAAAGCAUUUCGUCGGAUGAGCUAUCGGAAGCUUUUGGCGAGAAGGCCGACGAAAUAGAUCGAAUACCAAAGCUCUUCGACAAGUCAAUGGAGUUGUCGUCUGCAUUGCAGAUGGUGACUGCGAAAGAGCCGUUUGCGAUUGUCAUCAACUGCAACACGAACGGGUUUGAGGCUUGGCGAAGACUAGCUCGGAGGUAUGAUCCGGCUACAGCAUCCAGGAAAAGAUCCAUGCUCAAGUCGGUGAUCAACCCCCAGAAACAAAAGCUUGAACACCUGCCUCAAGCGAUCGAAGAAUGGCUUGAUGCAAUCGCAUCGUAUGAGAAAAGAAAGGAUGCUUCCGGAAAUCGAGGAAAGAUUCCAGAAGAGAUCAAGAUUGCAGCUUUGGAAUCCAUGUUGCCACAAGACUUGGAAGCUCAUGUGCAGUUGAACCAGUCGAAGUUUGCGGGUUUCGAAGACUUGCUUGAAGAAGUUACACGGUAUGUGGAACACCGCACGGGCAAGACUUUGAAAGCGUUUUCGACGACCCAAAUUGCUGGCAAAGAAGCCCUCGGCGACCCGAUGGAUGUUUCAUCUGUUGGGAAAGGCCUAGGCAAGCACCAGCAGAAAACGAAGUUUCUGGGAACCUGCAACAACUGUGGAAGAACAGGUCCCAAAGCGGGAAAAGGCAAGGGAAAGACUUCCAGCGGAAAGGGCAAAGGCAAGGCGAAGAAGGGCAAAGGAAAAGGAAAGUACACCAACAGCCUAGAAGAAGCCACUGGUGACGAAGAGUGGCAAGAAGAAGGAGCCCAGAACGAAGAGCCUUGGGAGCAAGACGAAUGGACAGGAGAACAAAGCUGGGAGGAAUGGCCGGAGGAAAGCGAAUGGAAUGAAGGAAACGGGCUGCUAAUAGGCGGCCUGGAAGGAAUAGACCCGGAACAGCUGGAAGGACUGAACGACGAUGAGGCACAAGAACUACAGGACGCAUUGCUUGAAAGCUUGGCGGCGCUCCAGGCUAGGAGAGCUAAAGCACGGAAUACGCAACCAGAAGAAGCAGUGCCAGCCAAGGCAAAGGCAAAGGAGGAGGCCAAGGCCAGCUCGAGUGCUUCGCUCGGUGCGCGGCCUAGACCUGCCUUCGUGAGACCGCCUUCAGGGCCGCCGCCUCCCAAAGAGAAAGUGUCAGGAAGCACAAAGCCGGCUGAACCGGUGAAGCCACCGUCGGUUCGAGCGAAGGCAGCGCAAAUGCUGCCGAGACCAAAGUACACCGGUGAAAGUUCCACGCCAAAGUCCGGUGGGAGAGUUCCAGUUCCAGGGUCCGUUCGGCCCGCGGAACCAAAGGGACCACCGCCAGUUAAGACAAGAGGAAGUCGGGAGCGUGGAAGGUCACUGGAAAGAGCCCCGAAGUCACCUAGGACUUCGGGCAAGGAGCCCAAGAAGCACGAAGAGGAAAGGAAUAGAGAGAAAGCGAGCGGAAGCGAGGACCCCAAGAAGCACGAAGAGGAAAGGAAUAAAGAGAAAGCGAGUGGAAGCGAGGAAACCAAAGGACCCAAGGAAGAGAAAGAAGCUUCGGAAGAAUCCGAAGGGAAGAGUGUGGAGCCCCCGAGCAGCGGCCAGGAAGAAUGGUCGGAGGAAGAGGAGCCCAAGGAAAGCGACGAGACCGUGGAGGUCAACGAAGAAGAGGAGGAGCAAGGACCUCCCGGAAGAAAGAAGCCAACAAGCCACUCGGGCGUUUCGCCCGCUGGAGGCUUUGAGCUAGAAGUAGAAGAGCUCCAGCCGGAACGUCGACCGAAGGAGCCAAGCGAGAAAGAGAAGGCCCGCGCUAGGGAAGAGCACGCAGCAAGGAUGCGAGCUCUGCAAGGUCAACAGCUUGCGCCAGCGGAAGCAAAGCCUAAGGCUGAAGCAAAGGCUAUUGCGAAAGCGAGUGACGCGACAGCAGACGCCACGUCGAUGUCUUCGUCGGCGGCGAUGCAGAACAUGCUGCAGGGCAGCCUGUUAGGAAGUCUCACGCAAGAUCGGGGCCGCCUGCUAAAGAGGCUCGAGGAGUUCAAGAAAGAAGAAAUGAGCGAAGACGACUUUGAGGAAAAGUCGCAGAUCGAGGCCGAGCUGGAAAGCAUCCUCGAACAGAUCGCAAAGUUGAAAGAACGCGGAUUGGCCAGGCCUGCGCCCAAAGCAGCAGGACGACUGGACCAGUCAGUGCACGAUGCGAGAUAUCGUGCGGCCAUCGCAAAAGGGAUGUCACACGCAAAGGCGUGGCAGGAAGAGAAAGGAAGAAGGCGAGCUGCGCAGCAGCGUCAACAAGGAGAAAAGGAGCGCGCCACGCUCAAUGUGGAGAUGCAAGAGGCCUGGGCAAAGCACUUCACCACAGUGCCCGGGCGCAAAGAAGACAAAGUGCAAGUCGACGCCGUCGAGACCGUGACCAUCGACAGCAGCGGCAAGGAGAUCGACCCAAGCACAGUCCGGAGUUCGGUCGCGGUGCCGCUGACGAGAAAGGAGAGAACGUACUACCGCCAGGAGUACGAAGAAGAGCUGAAGCCAAGAAAGGAGAAGGUGGAAAAGCCGCCUGACCCGGAGAGACGGCGGAGAGUCAACGAAAAGAGAGCCAUGAGAAGAAAAAGGCUUGCAAACAAGAACAAAGGAAAGGGCAAGCAGAAGGGAAAGCAAGAAAGCAAAACCCGAGGAGAAAAGAGAAAGGAGCCGCCCGAACAAGACGAAGACGAAGAAGAUGAAGACGAAGACUGGGGCGACUGGAAGAAGCCACCGAGAGAUCCCGAUGAACCUCGGGACCCUCCUGAAGGAGAAGCACUUGUGGCGUCGGUCGAGACGACUAUGGCCACGAACGCCGUUUCGGCGUCCGGAGGCCGUGGUUCGCAACGCGGCCGGGAACGCGUCGAAGUGAACUUCGACAGCGGAGCCGCUGUGACGGUAGUGCCACUGAAGUUUGGCAACGGAAACGAGAAGCCCAGAGAAGAAAUGAAGUUCAAGACAGCGAGCGGUGAAAACAUCGCAGACCAUGGACCCAUCAAGUUGAAGGGCACCACGUCGACCGGGAACAAUGCAACACUGCAUGGUCGUCUGGCGGACGUCCAUCGUGUUCUUGGUUCGGCUUCGGAUAUUUGCAGGACUCACCACGCCGUCCUCGGAGACAAUGGUGGGUAUCUUAUCCCGAAGCAAAAUGCGUUUGGCAAGGAGUUCAACAUGAUGAUGCGAAAGCUGGUGAGAAAAUACCGCGACGACCCCCGCAGCGCUACCAGACUCCACGUAAGGAGCUGGUGUGUGCAUUGCAUGCGCGCACGCGGCAAUGUGCAAAGCCAUCCAAGAACGGUUCGUUCUGGAGAGGGAGAAGUACCAACCUUGCACGCUGACUACUUCUUCCUAGGCAGCGACGGGGAACGAGAGGACAUCAUGCCGCACCUAGUGGUGCGAUGCGACAGAACCAGAAGGACAUGGGCAACCUCGUUGCCGCAGAAAGGAGUCCACCCUUUCAACACAAACUGGUUUUGUUCCAUAGUGCGUGAAGCAGGAUGGAAACGCAUGAUACUCUUUUCAGAUGGCGAACCAGCGCUUGUUGCACUAAAGCAAGCCGUGGUCGAAAACAUGAGGGACGUUGAGAUCACUUUGAAGGAAUCGCCUACGUCUGUCAACGAAGAGAACGCGCCGAGCAACGGCUAUGCCGAAUGUGCGGUUCGAGAGGUAAAGAGAAUGAUUCGAGCUACGCUGUCAGACUUGGAAAGCAAGUUACAGCUCAAGAUCGACCCGAACCACAGCAUACUUACGUGGAUAGCGAGACACGCAGCGUUCCUGUUGACAAGGUUUCGAAUAGGUGACGACGGCAAGAGCGCCUACCAAAGAGCCGUGGGAAGAGAAUGGAGAAGGCCCACCGUGGUGUUUGGCGAGCAGAUCUUGUUCAAGCCUGUGGGUGCUUUGGGCAAGAAAAGAAGCUCACCGUUGGAACCGCGAGUAGCAAUGGGACGAUAUGUGGGGACAGCGAGUAGGAACGCGGACCUCCUCGUGAUGACACCCACUGGAGUCGUCAAAGGACAUUCUCUCCAUAGGCGAGCCGAAGAAGACCGAUGGUCGAAAGAAGGAUUCGACCAGCUGAGAGGUCUACCGUGGAAAUGGACCAAUCCAGUCGAACGUGCGCCACCGAACCGAGUGGACAUGCCGGAACUUGUGGGAGAACAGCCAAAGCCUGAUCCGAAAGAGUUUAGAGCGAGAAGCCUCUAUGUACUCAAGUCGGACUUGGCGAAGUAUGGCUACACCACACUGUGCCCCGGCUGCGAAGCACAGAUGUUGGAUUUGCCACAGCGAAGCCACAAUGAGGAAUGUCGAUUUCGCAUUCAGAGACAUCUGAUGGAAACCGAAGAAGGAAAACAGAGAGUUCAAAGGGCGAUAGAACGAAUGGACAAAGACUAUUCCGCCAAGAACAAGAAGAAAAGAAAAGCUCAAGAAGAACCCGCGUUGGAAGGCCAACCUGCAGAAGGAGAGGUUGCAGCUGAAGAAGCUGCAGGAGCACCAUUGGAACGUCCAAGCCAAAUGCAGGUGGACAACCCAAGUCGAGAGUCUCGAAAGCGAGAAGCGGAAAGACAUGUCGAAGAUCUUUAUCAUGAAGAACAAGAAACAGAUGAGCCCGAAAUUGUCAGAGCAAACAUUCAAGGUGGAAGUUCAGGAUCUGGUGGAGAACACGCGGACCUGUCGUACAAGCAGGUGAAAGAUCCAGAGCAGUUGGACGAUGUGAGCUACCUGGAACAUGAAUUCCACUCACGAGGCAUGCGAUGCACAAGAAAGGAAGCAGAAGUGAUAUCCAACCUGGUUGGUUCACUAGGUGUGGAUGUCAAAGCAUCUGUUCCUUUGAAUGAAGGACUGUGCCUAAGUGUGGAAGACAAGGGCUGGCGACUUCAGAAGCAAGAUGAAGUUGAAGCCUUGUUCAGAAAGCUCGAAGAAGAGAAGCCAACGCUCGUGGUGGGACUACCGCCCGAUGGACCAUUUGCGGGAGUCCAACGAAGCUACAAUUCUCUUCAGAAGGUGAGCAAAGAGAAAGAAAAGUCAGUGCUGGAAGUUGGAAGGAAGCAGGUGAGAACCUGUGUCGAAGCAUAUAAGUUCCAACUAGGGCAGCAAAAGUACUACCUCCAAGAGUGCCCCAAGGGUGCAAAAUCUUGGGAGCACACCCAGUACCAACAACUGAGUGAGGAGUCCUAUGUGGUCGAAGGUCCAAUUUGCAGAUGGACCGUGAACAAAAGCGGUGGAAACUUGGAAGGAAGUUCUUUCAAGAAAAGAACGAGAUGGAUCACCAACUCUGCCACGCUAGCAGCAGCACUGCGAAAGACAUGUGCUCGAACAGGACAAGAAAGAGUCUGGAAGAGAGAACUUGCGUUCGAGGAGGGGAAAGUUGCAGCAAGACUGUGCUACCCUCCGAAACUCGUGCAAGCCAUUGCCAAAGGCAUCAAAGCACAACUAGUGCUUGAUGGUGAACUCAAAGAGCUUGGUUCAGUUGGAGGACCUGACCCUCAUGAAGAACCGAACUUCGAAGAACAUCAUUACGAGACGUUGCCUAAGGCAGAUGAGCUCUACGUCAAAGAACCGGUCAUCGAUGCAAAUACAGGUGCAGAACUCGAUUCAAAGAAGGUAGCGAAGGCACGAUUGACAGAACUCGAAUGGGUGAAGAAACAGAACGUCUAUACCAAAGUGGACGAAGCGACUUGCUGGCAAGAAACCGGAAGGCCACCCAUCACGUUGAAGUGGGUAGACAGAAACAAGGGAGACAACGUGAACGAGAACUACAGAAGCCGACUUGUAGUUCGAGAAGUCAAGUCUCAAGGGCAAGCAGCCUUGCUGCCUGAACAUGCGUUGUUCAGCAGUAUGCCGCCACUUGAGGCAGUGAAGCUUCUGUGUUCACUCAUGACCACUCUACGCGUUUCGCGAAGAGGAGGCAAGCUGUCCUUGCGGUUGAUAGACAUCAGCCGUGCCCAUUUCUAUGGUCGUGCAACUCGUAGAAUCUUUGUGACACUUCCAGAAGGAGAUGAAUCUCCGGGAAAGUGCGGACUUCUACUCAAGACCAUGUAUGGAACCCGUGACGCAUCAAGUACUUGGCAAAGAGACUACAGCGAACUUAUGGCAAAGCACGAUUUCCGCGCUGGAAAGGCGUGGCCAUGCAUCUUCUACAGCGAGAAGGAAGAUGUCAGACUUCUGGUGCAUGGUGACGAUUUCUUUUGUUUGGCAGAUGACGAAGGCCACGCGUAUCUAGACAAAGCACUGAGCGAACGGUAUGAGUAUCGAUGUGACGGACAUAUCGGACCAACACAUGGAGACCAGAUGGUCGUGUUAAACCGUCUGAUCUGCUAUGACAAGGAGACCGGCAAGGUUACCUAUGAAGCAGAUCCCCGUCAUGUGGAAGCUCUAGUCAGAGAGCUUGGUUUGGAAAAGGCCAAGGCUGUAAGGACACCUGCGGAAAAGAAGAAACAGGGAGAAGCAAUGAAGACCCUAGAGAUGCCACCAAUGAACGACGCGAUGCAGCGAAGCUAUCGCUCAAUAACUAUGCGAGCCGCGUUUUUGGCACAGGAUCGGCCAGAUAUCGCGGAAGCCACAAAGAGCCUGGCCAGGCACAUGAAGGCACCUCAUGAAGCUGCCUGGUCGGACUUGAAGAGGCUUGGAAGAUACCUGAGUGGAAAGCCAAGACUGGUAUACGAGUACCAUCCUCAACGAUUCCAAAAGGACCUGACCGUGUACUGUGAUUCAGACCACGCUGGUUGUCUCAUCACGCGGAGGUCCACAACGGGAAUUGUGACCAUGUAUGGCUCACACUGUAUCAAGCAUAGUUCCAACGUGCAGACAACCGUGAGUCUGUCGUCUGGAGAAAGUGAAUUCUACGCGAUAGUGAAAGCCAGUGCAGUUGGACUGAGCCAACAGGCCCUACUGCACGAUUGGGGUAUCCAAGUAAACCUACGGAUCCUCAGCGACAGCAGUGCCGCAAGGGGUACGUGCUCAAGGCAAGGUCUGGGGCAAACCAGACACGUACAAACAAGAUACCUAUGGGUUCAAGAGAAAGUAGCACGCAACGAGCUCAAGCUCGAGCGAGUCUCUACGGAAAAGAACCUGUCGGAUCUGUGUACGAAACCACUGCCCGAGAUUGCCGUUGAAAAGCAUUUGAAGACCAUGGGUCUGAAGCACUACGAGAAAAGAGCUGAAGGAGGAAAGCAACUGGUGUGA